AUGAUGCAUUAUCAAGCAGAGCGUUCAUGGGAGUACUACAUGCCGGUGACGGCAUCAGCAUCAAGAGACCCCGUGGACCGAGUAAUCCGGCUAGCGGCGGAGAGUGCAGUGGUGAUAUUCAGUGUGAGCAGCUGCUGCAUGUGCCACGCUCUCAAGAGGUUGCUUUGUGGAAUGGGAGUAAGCCCGACGGUGUACGAGCUGGACCAUGACCCCAGAGGCAAAGACAUUGAAAGAGCUUUGAUGAGGCUGGUUGGAGCCACCUCGCCACCAGUCCCCGUCGUCUUCAUCGGCGGGAAGCUCGUAGGGUCCAUGGAUAGAGUUAUGGCUUCUCAUAUUAAUGGAACUUUGGUUCCUCUUCUCAAGGAAGCUGGGGCCUUGUGGCUCUAG